AUGGGUGAAGUUACGAAAGCAUAUAUUGAAGCUCUUACAGCAACGUUUACCACUACCUUCAACUCCGUGAAUACUCAUAUUGGAGAAAUUCGUGGACUGUUAGGAGAGAGGAAUAACGACAACAACAAUAAUAGGAAUAGAGGCGAGGAAAGAGAAUCUGGUUCUGAAGAAGAAAUUGUGCAACCUGAACAACAAGGACAAGCUGAUCAGGAUUACAAAGUCAAAGCUGAGAUCCCUUUCUUUUCGGGCAACUUGGGUAUGGAAGAUUAUUUGGAUUGGCAGCUUCAGGUGGAUAGGUUCUUUGAGAUUAUGGAGCUGACUGAAAACAAGCAAGUUAAGCAUGUUGCCUGGCGAUUAAAGAGUACUGCUGCAGUUUGGUGGGAUAAGCUGCAGAAUACCCGGAAGAAGCAAAGAAAGCAGGGAGUUAAAACAUGGCAAAGAAUGAAGCAACUUAUGAUGGAGAGAUUCUUGUCGGAUGAUUAUGAGCAGAUUCUGUACAAGUUGUAUAUUGAAUGCAUCCAAGGUAUGAGGACCGUUGCUGAGUACACUGCUGAGUUCUUACGCUAUUCUGAGCGUAAUGAACUAGGAGAAACUGAAGGUCAGAAGGUAGUUCGCUAUAUUAGUGGGUUGAACAAAAGCAUUCAGGAGAAAAUUGGGUUGCAAACUGUAUGGACUGUGGCCGAAGCUUCAAAUCUGGCAUUGAAGGCAGAGUUGUUAGAGAAGCCUUCACAAGCUUCUUCUUUCCAGAGAUAUAACUACCAAAGGAGCCCAGAUUUGGUAAACGCCUCAACUGAUAAGGGUAAAGCCUUACAACAGAAUACAGGAAGUGCUUCUAGGGCUUCCAAUCCCCCUUCUAAAUGGACUGGCAGUUCUAGCAGUUCUAGUGGUGCUCCAAAUAGGGCCCCAAACCAGAGGCUUACCAAUCCUUAUGCUAGACCUACAACAGAUGUUUGCUAUAGGUGCAACAAGCCUGGGCAUAGGUCUAAUGUGUGUCCUGAGAGGAGACAAUCUACCCUUAUAGAUGAUUAUGAUGAAGAUGAAGAAGAAGUUGGAAGAGGUGAUGAAUAUGAAGGGGUUGAGUUUGCAGUGGAGGAGUCUCCUGAGAAGGUUAAUAUUGUGUUGCAAAGGAUCUUAUUAUCUCCUAAGGAAGAUGGGCAGCGGCACAAUAUUUUCAGGUCACUUUGUUCCAUUAAUAACAAAGUGUGCAAUCUAAUUGUGGAAAAUGGGAGUUGUGAAAAUUUCGUAGCCAGGAAGUUGGUGGAGUAUUUGCAGUUGCCUACACAGCCUCAUGAUACACCUUAUUCUCCGGGGUGGGUCAAGAACGGUCCACAAGUUCGAGUUGCUGAUUCCUGCAAAGUAUCGGUAUCCAUUGGCAGAGAUAAUGUGAUGAUGUUUUUGUGGAAUAGUCAUAAAAUUGCCAUGGCUCCUAUUUAUCAAUUUGAGAGAUCUGGUGUGAAGAAAGGGGAGAGUUUUCUAACUUUGUCUAGCAGUGAACUUGAGAUGGAGGAAGCCUUUAAAGAAUCUGAAGAUAUUUGUCCAGUGGUGAUUAAAGGGUUGUUGACUGCAGAAAAGGAAAAUAUGAUGAUUCCUAAGGAAGUGCAGAAUAUGUUGGGAGAGUUUGAAGAGCUGAUUUCAGAUGAGCUGCCCAAUGAGUUACCACCUAUGAGGGACAUUCAGCAUCAGAUUGAUUUGGUUCUUGGAGCUAGCUUGCCAAAUCUGCCCCAUUACCGCAUGAGUCCUAAAGAGAACGAGAUUUUGAGGGAGUAG